AUGAAUAAAAAAAGUUCAAUAAUUGAAUCGAAUACAAUUGAAAAUCAAUUUAAAAUUGAAUUGAAAGAUGAUAAUAACACAGAACCAUGCACUGAUCUAUUAAUAGAACCAAUCGUUGCAGUAAAUAUCGAUAAGCCUAUUGAAUUACCUCCAACAAAAGCAACGCGUUUCUUAGGAAUACUUUAUAUAUUAGUAUCAACAAUUUUUAUUGUCACUUCAAUGUUUGUAGCCAAAGAAUUAAAAGUAGAUGUACUUGAUGCAUUAAUUCCCUGUUAUCUAUUACAAGCAACGAAACAAGAAAUAUUUUUUUUAUUUAUCCGUGCUUUUUUCUCAACAACUGGUAUUUUUACUUAUUAUCUUGCUUAUCGUUAUUUACCAUUGCCAGAUUUAACAACAAUACGUUAUACACAAAUUAUUUGGACAGCAAUUAUAACUUCAAUUCUUUAUUAUGAAAAACCAUCUAUAUCAAUGAUGAUAGGUAUUUUAUUAACAACUAUUGGUGUGAUAUUUGUUGUUCAACCAACUUUUUUAUUUAAUAAAAUAUCACAUAUAUAUGAAACUAACAUUUCAAAUGAUUCCUCUCAACGUCUAAUAGGUUUAUUAAUUGCAUUAUAUUCUUCAAUAGCAUUGUCCAUAAUGGUAAUAUCAAAUAAACAUUUAUUAUUGAAAUAUAAAACAAAAUAUAGUUUAAUAAUGUUACAAUAUGUAUUUAUAAUAUUUUGUAUGUUAAUUGCAAAUAUAUUUUAUAAAUAUAAUUUUUUUAUUGAUAAAAUACAAUCAUUUAAAAAUGAUUUUUUUAAUUGGAGAUAUUUAUGUGCUUCAUCAAUUUGUUUAUUACAUAUACCUGCAUUAGUAUUAGUACAGAAAGCAAUUAAACGUGAACAUCCAUCAAUAUAUACAAUAGUUCAAUCUAGUGCUAUUUUAUUCUCUAUUCUAUUACAAAAUAUUUUUUCAUCAACAAAAUCAAACUUUUUAUCAUUAUUUGGUUCAAUUCUUGUUUUAACAAGUAUAUUAAUAAUAACUGGAUCGAAAUUUAUUAAUGGUAAACAAGACAAAAAUAAACCGGUACAACAAUGCUCUACUGAAUAA